UCCAUUAGUUGCCUAUAAAAAGCAUAAGGUACCCUGGCGUACCUCACAGUUUAUUUACACAGUCGUCGACUACAGCUGUACAAUUGAAAUAUUUCUUUGAUUUUGAUUGGACGAAAAGACAGUGGAAAAAUAAUGAAUGACAUCAUGAUGGCAGUUGCAGUAUUUUUAGCUGUUUGCUCAGUAUCAACGGCAGUUCCCCGGUUUGAUAAAGUGAGGGUGCAUUUUGGUAACAUGUAUGCAGACGAAGAUGUAAUGUUGGACGAGGAGGAAGGGUUUUCCUUGGUAACAGUGUCGAAAAUUUAUGGAAAAGGAACACCAACUAUAAACCUUCAUGAUUUCAACUCGGGAUACACCGCAGUCAAGGAUGUAGCAGACAAGGCGUGUUUCAUACAGAAAUCAAGACACACCAUGCAAGCAUUUAAGGACGAGGUCGAUAUUGCAAGAAACAACAAUGGGAAUUAUGAAAUAUCCCAAUACUACAACUGCGACUCGGAAGAUGAGGUUGAUAAGUUAGGGUUACCAAUUUAUGGUCAAAGGAUAGCAACAUUUUGUGAAAAUUACGACGUGAAAUUUGUGCAGCGCAGAAACAGGAAGUUGACAAAGAGAUCAACUUAUGUUUUCAACGAAAAUGCAUUCUGGUGUGUCGUUUGUGUGAAUGCGUCAUGCUAAUUCAUCAACGAGCAUAUACACGAAGAAGUACUGUAAUAGUAGACAUAUUAUGUUUGAAUGCAUUCCAAUACUUUCUCUUACAAGACUGAUAUAUGUAUUUAUCGACAAUCAAGUGUAGUAAAAUCUUUCAUUAAUAAAACAUAAUUAUCGA